AUGUCACUGUGUCCAGAGCUUAGCUUCAAUGUGGACCAUGGGUACUUGGAGGGGCUGGUACGAGGACUGAAGGCCGGGAUACUGACUCGGUCCGACUAUCACAACCUGGCCCAAUGUGACACACUAGAGGACAUGAAGCUGCACCUGCAGAGUACAGACUACGGCAGCCUCCUGACCMCUGGGAACGAGGARCUGACCGUGUCUCUCAUUGACCACAGACUGAAGGAGAACAUUCUGACUGAGUUCCGCUGCCUACGCGCUCACUCCCUAGCGCCCCUCUCCACCUUCCUCGACUACAUCACCUACAGUUACAUGAUUGACAACGUGGUGAUGUUGAUCACCGGUGCCCUGAAGCAGAGGGACGUGGCAGAGCUUCUGCCACGGUGCCACCCACUGGGYAUGUUUGACCAGAUGGCAGCGGUUGGCAUUGCCCGCACACCUGCUGAGCUCUACUGUGCCAUCCUGGUYGACACACCUCUGGCUCUGUUCUUCCAGGAUGCUGUGUCUGAGGCCAACCUGGAUGAGAUGGGUGCUGAGAUCAUGAGAAACAAACUGUACAAGGCUUAUUUGGAGGCAUUCUAUAAGUUCUGCCAGGAGAGUGGAGGAGCCACAAAGAACAUCAUGUGUCCUAUCRUGGAGUUUGAGGCCGACCGGCGUGCGUUCAUCAUCACAGUGAACUCGUUCGGGACAGACCUGAGUGGGGGGGAGAGGAGCGCCCUGUACCCCUCCUGUGGGAGACUGUACCCCGAGGGGCUCCGUCUCUUGGCCAGGGCAGAGGACUACGAGCAGGUCAAAGCUGUGGCCGACUACUACCCUGACUAUAAACUCAUAUUUGAUGAACCUGAGGCAGGAUCCUCCAGAACCCUGGAGGACAGAUUCUUUGAGCGGGAGGUGCAGCUGAACACGCUGGCCUUUCUGGAGCAGUUUCAUUUGGGCGUGUUCUAUUCCUACAUCAAGCUGAAGGAGCAGGAGGCUCGCAACAUCGUCUGGAUCGCAGAGUGUGUCACACAGAGACAGAAGUCUAAGAUCAACAACUACAUCCCAAUCUUCUAAAGGACAAACACACUGUCUGUUGUAGCAGUUACACACCUUUUUGUAUUAGUAGUAUUAUUAGCAACGGUUGUCAAAAUUGAUAAAAGGUUAAAAAAAUACAGUUCUGAUAAAUGUAACAGCUGCAUAGACACUCAACUCUUUUUUUUAAUAAACAAAAGGCUUCAAAUAUU